UGGCGACGGGCGGCCCGGGCUCCCCCUCCGCCGGCUUGCGCGCCCCCGUGCCGCAGUCCGCGUCCGCCCCGCGGGUCAGCCUGGCUCCGGCUCCCGCGCGCAACGAGCGAGCGGCGCACGGGAGCGAGCAGGGCAGGGCGCGCCCGCCGGCGGGGAGGCCCCACGCUGCGGCAGGAGCUGCGGUGGCCGCGAGGUGCCAGCCCGUGCGGGGCGGCAGCGGCAGGCCAGAGCGACAGCUCACCGGCUGCAUGGCGCGGUUGCCGGCCAGCCAGCGGGGCGCCCGGCCCUGGCUGCUGGCGCUGUCCAUGCUGGGCUUCGGCCUGAUCCUGCAAGCCGGGGCCAAGAGGCCCCCGAAGACGCCCCCCUGCCCGCCCAGCUGCUCCUGCACUAGGGACACCGCCUUCUGCGUGGACUCCAAGGCAGUGCCCCGGAACCUGCCCUCAGAGGUCAUCUCUCUGACGCUGGUGAACGCCGCCUUCUCGGAGAUCCAGGAUGGAGCCUUUGCCCACCUACCGCUGCUACAGUUCCUGUUGCUCAACUCCAACAAGUUCACGCUGAUCGGAGACAACGCCUUCACCGGACUGUCCCACCUGCAGUACCUCUUCAUCGAGAACAACGACAUCUGGGCUCUGUCCAAGUUCACCUUCCGAGGACUGAAGUCUUUGACACACCUCUCACUGGCCAAUAAUAACCUGCAGACCCUGCCGAGAGAUGUUUUCCGGCCGCUGGACAUCCUGUCGGACUUGGACCUGCGAGGCAAUUCGCUCAACUGUGACUGCAAAGUGAAGUGGCUGGUGGAGUGGCUGGCACACACCAACACCACGGUGGCCCCCAUCUACUGUGCCAGCCCACCCCGCUUCCAGGAGCACAAGGUGCAGGAUCUGCCGCUGCGUGAGUUUGACUGCAUCACCACGGACUUCGUGCUGUACCAGACGCUGCCCUUCCCAGCCGUGUCAGCCGAGCCCUUCCUCUACUCCAGCGACCUCUAUCUCGCUCUGGCCCAGCCCGGCGCCAGCGCCUGCACCAUCCUCAAGUGGGACUAUGUGGAACGGCAGCUUCGAGACUAUGACAGAAUCCCAGCCCCUUCCGCCGUGCACUGCAAGCCCAUGGUGGUGGACAGCCAGCUGUACGUGGUCGCCGCGCAGCUGUUCGGCGGCUCUUACAUCUACCACUGGGACCCCAACACCACGCGCUUCACCAAACUGCAGGACAUCGACCCGGAGCGCGUGCGCAAGCCCAACGACCUGGAGGCCUUCCGUAUCGAAGGUGACUGGUACUUCGCGGUGGCCGACAGCUCCAAGGCGGGCGCCACCAGCCUCUAUCGCUGGCACCAGAAUGGCUUCUACUCCCACCAGGCUCUGCACGCCUGGCACCGCGACACCGACCUGGAGUUCGUGGAUGGCGAGGGGAAGCCGAGGCUGAUUGUGUCAAGCAGCUCCCAGGCGCCCAUCAUCUACCAGUGGAGCCGCUCGCAGAAGCAGUUCGUGGCCCAGGGCGAGGUGACCCAGGUGCCCGACGCCCAGGCCGUGAAGCAUUUCAGGGCUGGGCGCGACAGCUACCUGUGCCUCAGUCGCUACAUCGGCGACUCCAAGGUCCUGCGCUGGGAAGGCGCCCGCUUCUCCGAGGUGCAGGCGCUGCCCUCCCGGGGCUCGCUGGCCCUGCAGCCCUUCCUGGUGGGCGGCCGGCGCUACCUGGCGCUGGGCAGCGACUUCUCCUUCACCCAGAUCUACCAGUGGGAUGACGGGCGGGAGAAGUUCGUGCGGUUCCAGGAGCUGGCGGUGCAGGCCCCCCGGGAUUUCUGCUACAUGCCCGCGGGCGACGCGCAGCUGCUCCUGGCCCCCAGCUUCAAGGGACAGACCCUCGUGUACCGGCACGUGGUGGUGGACCUCAGUGCCUAGGGGGGGCCAUGGCGGGGGUUCUUGGGAUGGCCGCG